AUUGCUGUAAAGAUUCUUACUUGCAGUAGUGAGAAUAUACGUCUUGAUGAAAUACCAAAAGAUCAAAUAUAUAGGCUAUUCAAUGCUUACAAAUGGCCUACUAAAAAACAGAAAAUUGAGGUUAAAAGAUUGCCAAUCAGUAAUGGCUUAAAGACUAGUUUCGAUUUUACUAAAUCAGCUAGAGUACAAACAGUAUUAAUAGCAUUAACAGAAAUUCAUAAAUCACUUUUAAAAACAAUCUCAAACUAUUCAUAUAAAUCAAUCUAA